GAGGUGGAGGGAGGAGUCUGAAGUCGUCCUCGAUUACAGAGUGAGUGGAGGCCUUGAGUUACAGACAUGCACUACCAACGUGCCGGGGGGGCCCCCCAAUCCGGCCCUCGGGCAAGGGAGGCAAGCCUUCUUGCCUGGUUUUUGUUGUUGUUUGUUUGCUUUUGCUUGUGUGUUUGUUUAGUUGGUUUUGGCUUUGGUCGUGUUUGAGACAGUCUCUCACUCUAGCCCAGACUGUCCCGGAGCCCUCAAUCCUCCUGCCUCAGUUGUAGGAUUACAGGAAUGCCCCUCCUCCCACUCCGGCCCUCCCCCGCUCGCUCCGUUUGACUUUUCCUCCGGUGUCCUCGGCUGGCCUGGGAUGUGCGGCUUCUCCUCAGGCUGCGAGCUGAGCGCUGAAGCGCACAUUGCCGGGAGUGUCCGUAUCCCUCGUGCUCCGACACCAGAGGUCUGAGGGCCACUGGGGAGGGUGUGGCACCGUCUCCCACCGCCCUCCCCUCGCACUUUCCGCGCGGUCCCGCUCCAGUCACUGCCUCGCGUGCUGACGUCACACCAGGGCCGGUUUGGUCCCUGUGACCCGGACACCAAGCUUCUCUGGGGCAGCUCGGGAGAGCACGGGGCUGCGAGGUGGGGGCGAGCAGGCUUGGGAAAGUGCCUGAAGAAGGGCAUCGCCAAGCUAGGACCAGCUGACUGCCGUGGGACACGGCCAGAGGCGAAGUCUCUGGCUGCCCAGGCUGCGCCCUAGCCUGGGCAGCCUGGGUGUCUGGGAGGGGUGUGAGGAACCGCCCCUCACGGAGCUGAGGCGAUGUCACCACAGCUCCGGGAAGAACAACAAGGGACAGAGCGCGCUUCUUGUCCCAAGGCCAGGCUCUGCCGGCUGUUCUGAUGCGUGCCUGUCAUCCUAUCACUUGGGAGGCUGAGGCAGGAGGACUGCUGCAAGUAUGAGGCCAGCCAGAGCUCCAUGCUAAAUCCCUGCCUCGUCAUAAAAAUAAAAAUAAAGAGAGGAAAACUGCCUCCUGUCUAAAGAGACAGCCGUGUGUGCUGAGAACAGUGAGCGUGGAGCCUUGUGUGUCCUCCGCAGAGUGUCAACAGGCUGAGACGUCCCAGAGCAAGAACUGAGCCACACCGUCUCUCAGCCCAGUCUCCAUCUUCUGGGAGCCCCGAGCGCUUACUCUAGCAGCCUGAGGGGACGUUCCAGAAGAAACCGUGGCUGUCCCCUGGGAGACUCAUGGCCCGAAAAGGGAACCCAGAGGAGUGGCCAGAAGCCAAACACAUACCAUGCUGCAGUGCAGACCACCGCAGGAGUUCAGCUUCGGGCCCCGGGCCCUGAAGGAUGCUCUGAUCUCCUGCGACCUGGCCCUGAAGCAGCUCUACACCUCAGCCUUCUCCCCGUCGGAGAGGCUCUUCCUGGCUGAGGCCUACAACCCCCACCGGACCCUCUUCAGCACACUGCUCAUCCACUCAGCCUUUGACUGGCUUCUGAGCCGUCCAGAGGCCCCUGAAGAUUUCGAGACCUUCCAUGCUUCCCUGCAGCUCCGGAAGCAAAGCGUGGCCCGGAAACACAUUUACCUGCAGCCCAUAGAUCUGAGUGAGGGGCUGGCGGGAUGGCCCCUGCUGGACCACCUUCAGAGCUGUGCGGAGGCUUUCUUCCUGGGCCUUCGGGUCAAGUGCCUGCCCUCAGUGGCCGCUGCCUCCAUACACUGCUCCUCAAGACCCAGUCGGGACGCUGACAGGCUCCAGCUUCAUACAGAUGGCAUCUUGUCCUUCUUGAAGAACAACAAGCCGGGGGACGCACUGUGUGUGCUGGGCCUCACGCUGGCUGACCUGUACCCUCAUGAUGCCUGGACUUUCACCUUUGGCAGGUUCCUUCCGGGGCAUGAAGUGGGUGUGUGUAGCUUCGCUCGCUUCUCUGGGGAGCUCCUGCAGGCCGCGCCCGGUGUUCCUGACCCAGCUGUGCUGGAGGCAGUAGCAGAUGGCGCGGAGACACUGGUGCACGAGGGAGGCCGGCCUCUGUGCUUCAGCGCCCUGGGUAUGGUUCAGUGCUGCAAGGUCGCCUGCCACGAGCUUUGCCACCUCCUGGGCCUGGGGAGCUGUCGCUGGCUCCGCUGCCUCCUGCAGGGGGCGCUUAGCCUGGAUGAGGCGCUCCGGCGGCCGCUGGACCUCUGUCCCAUCUGCCUGCGGAAACUGCAGCACCUCCUGGGCUUCAGGCUCCUGGAGAGGUACAAGAGACUCCACGCUUGGACGCGGGUGACGGCGGAGGUGUGGUCUGGUCAGGAGGCCGGGGAGCCCUCUGUGUCCGAGGACACCCUGCCCUUCAGUGCUGACUCAGGCGUGGGCUGCGAGAGUGACACGGAGCCUGCCACCAGCCCUUCGGAGCCCGUCACCCCUGACGUGUGGGGUCGUGCCUUCCCCGAGGGGGCCGAGCCGGAGCCUGAGGAUGGCCUGGGCUCUCUGGUGGCCUCAGAAGUGUUGCUGGGCCUCGGAGGUCCCGUGGAUGCCAUCGAGGAGUACGGACGGUGGCUGGACGCGUGCAUCCGGGCCCUGGAGAGGGAGGAGGCUGAGGAGGAGCUGGCCCAUGUGGACGCUGCCGUGGACGCCCUGGGCCGGUGGGAGAUGUUCACGGGGCAGCUCCCGGUGGCCAGGCAGCACGUGCCCUGUGGCAAGGACAGUGUGGGGCUGCGCAGGGUACUCGGGGAGAAGUUCUUCUCCCUCAGGCGGAGGCUGAGCUCUCGCAGACUUGCCAAAGCCAGUUCUUCCCACUGCCGCUGGGGGGCGGAGAAUUGAUGCAUCAAGCUGGGCCAACCAGUGCAGAGAAGUUAGCUCCUGGCAUUUUUUUUCCUGCGGAUGCCAGCCUCUAUGGGUGACCAGUGACUGGGGGUACUCUGGUGUCCACAGGGUUAAAACAAAGGUCCCCAGAAGCUGAGUGAGCCUUGGGUGCUUGCCCACAGGGUUCCCAUGCUGUGUGCCCUGCAGGCACAGCUGAGAAGCAGGAAGAGGUAGCCACAGGCUUGCUUCUUUCCUGCAGGAGGGGGCUCUGCUCUGUCUGGUUACCAACAGCAGGAGCUCUGGACCACCCUGCAGCAGGGGUUUUGUGGCUGUGUGUGUACGUUUGUGUCUAUGUGUGUAUCUGUGCACAUGAAUGCAGCUGCCCACAGAGGCCAGAAGAGGGCGUUGGAACCUUUGGAUGCCAUUACAGGAAGUUGUGAGCCAUCCGGUGCUGGCAAUUGAACUCAGAUCCUCUGCAAGUGCAGUACAUGCCUUUGAUGUCUGAGCCAUCUCUCCAGCACCGUUUCAUUCCGACUUUGUGUCACCUGCCCCGGGUUCUGUUCUGUGGCUAGACUUUCUGCUCAUCAGGGCCGACACAGGUCUUUGAGAAGCUCCUGAAGAAAUCUGUGCCCUGUGAGGUCGGCCAUUUCUUCUGACAGAAGUGGGGUGAUGGGGUUGGCCGUGGAAGGCAGAGGCCACUUCUCCAACCCCAAGGCUUGCCUGUCCUGUGGCUUCCAGUUAGGCCAGCAUGGUGGUGGGCUUCAGUUCUUCCGUCUUUGAUGACAUCUUUUCCCGUCUCCAUCUAUAAAACUCCUGACAGAGGGUGGUAAAAUUACUCAUCCAUUGUUAA